GAUAUUAUUAGACAAGAAAUGAUGUAACAAAUUUGUAUUGUAAAGUGUAACAUCUGAAGAAAUGCUUAAUUUUAUGAUUAAAUUUGGUGCAAAUGAUAAAUAUGUGAUGAUUUUGAUUUUUUUCUUUUGCUUUUGUAUGUUUUUUUUCUCAACCUUCCCCACUUGGAUGAUGAGAUAAUGAUGUACUCCAACCUCAACAGCAUAUACUCAAACACCAAAAACUCAGGAGAGAGAGAGAGGGGAGAGAGAGGUUGUUUUUAGAAAAUAAAGGUACUUUCUUUUUAUCCCACAAACAAACUGAUCAUUCAUUCCAGUUGUGUUUGCAGUGAAACACAACUGGGAUUUACCUCAUUUCUAUCCAUUAUGAGAUUUUCUGGCAAAAAGUUUUGAUCUUGAUAGCUUCUUUUGCUUUUUCUGUUUGCUGCUCUACUGUGCUACUGUUGGGUGAAAAUAGGAGCUUGAUAUAGGAAAGAAUUCAGAGGGAACUGAAUAUAGAAAAGAAAAAAAAACUUCUUUUUUCUGUUCCAUUCAGUGAUUUCAUUACAGCUUUGCCAAAAUAACAUCUGGGUUUUUUAACCACUUGCUGUCUUUAGCUUUUGAUGGGAUUUUAUUGCUUCUUGAGUGAGAAAAUUCAAUCUUUUUAUGUUCAAGAAUCUGUUUUUAGCCAAUUUCAGAGGUGGGGUUUACAGAAGAGUCUUGAAAACAAUAAGUUUCAGCUUUUUUUCUUGAAAUUAUGAGCUGUGUUUGUAGAGAAUUGACUGAAAUUCAGGUCAAUUAUUGAAGAUAAAGGGUUGUUCUUGAAAGGGUCAUUGACUUUUAAUGAGCUUUUCUGCUUUAAGUGGCUUUGCUCUUAAGCUGUCAAGGCAUUUUCUGAAGAUAUGUAGGUGGAUUUUAUUAAAGAUGUCAAUAAAUUGCAAAUUGUUGGGAAUGAAUGGAAGCUUCUCUUCAAGUUUUAGGCUGAAGAAAGCCAAAGAGUCUUUGCAAGGACCAAAUUGUGGGUGGAGUUGGCAAAGAAAGCUUUUGUUUUUGUGGCUCAUUUUCUUUGGAAUUGGAUUUGUUUGGUUGGUUAUUAGCUUAAAUGGUGUGGUUUAUAGUUGGAAGCAGGAGAUUUCAGAACCAAAUGAAGAUAAAUCUUAUUUUCUUCUAGAACAUUUCAAUGUCACCAAGCAGCAAAUUCAAGCUUUAGCUACCUUAUUCUUUGAAAAAGAUCAGAUUUCAUCCUUGAAAUGCUCAAAAGGUCCUGGGCAGGAAAUGCCUAUGAGUACUACCAUUACUUGCCUUCUCAAGGUGCUAGGUUCAGAGAAUCUGAAGUACGAGCAGCAAUAUGAGAUGGCCGUAGAGAACUUUCAAGCAAAAGGCCAGUGCCCAGUUCCAGAUGAGGAUGCACUGAGAAAUAGUGACAUUUCACUAGAUGACAAGUCGUUGCCAUUUGUUUUGCAUCGUUUAUCUUCACUAGUCUCAGCAGACCCUCAGUUCUUUCAAAAGAAAGCAUCACAAAUAAGAGAAGUUGGGAAUCAUAACCCAGAUCAUUGUAAUAGUAUUGCCUUCUGUUUCACAAAACUAUGCUGGUGGGUCCUUCUCGGGAUUGUGGUCAGCUGGAAGAUGCUUCAGUUGUGUACAAAAUGUGGGGAAAAUCAACAGCACAGCUUCGUUCAGCAGCAACCACUGUCUCAACAACUUCAUCCGCUACAGCAGUUGCAGCAGCAGCAAGCUCGGAUUUCCUCUCGAACUGGUGGGAAGUGGAGGAAAAAGCUUCUUGUUAUCUUUGUCUCUGCUGGGGUGAUCAGUGCCAUCUGGUUGUAUUGGUACAUGAAUGCAGACAUUGCAUUGAGAAGGAAAGAAACACUGACAAGCAUGUGUGACGAACGAGCGCGAAUGUUGCAGGACCAGUUCAACGUAAGCAUGAACCAUGUUCAUGCAUUGGCUAUCCUUGUUUCCACAUUUCACCACGGAAAGCAACCUUCUGCGAUAGACCAGAAAACUUUUGAAGAAUAUACCGAGAGAACAGCUUUUGAGAGGCCACUUACAAGUGGUGUUGCCUAUGCUUUAAGGGUUCGUCACUCAGAGAGAGAAGAGUUUGAGAAGCUGCAUGGGUGGACAAUCAAGAAAAUGGAAUCCGAGGACCAAACUUUAGCGCAAGAUUAUAUCCCUGCAAACUUGGAUCCUGCUCCUGAUCAAGAUGAAUAUGCACCUGUCAUAUUUUCACAACAAACAGUUUCCCAUAUCGUCUCGAUUGAUAUGAUGUCAGGAAAGGUGUGCAUUCUUAAUUAUCUUUACUUUUAUCACAGGUUCAAGCAGAAACCUUCUCCACCCUGGACAGCAAUAGCUGCAUCUGUUGGCGUCCUCGUUAUCACUCUGCUUGUUGGUCACAUCUUCCAUGCUGCCAUCAACCGAAUUGUUGAAGUUGAGGGUCAGUAUCAGGAAAUGAUGGAACUCAAACAUCGUGCUGAGGCUGCCGAUAUAGCAAAAUCUCAGUUUCUUGCAACGGUUUCUCAUGAAAUCAGGACUCCAAUGAAUGGUGUUUUAGGCAUGCUUCAAAUGCUCAUGGACACAAACCUUGACCCUACGCAACUGGAUUAUGCACAAACCGCUCAUGCUAGUGGGAAAGAUUUGAUAUCGUUGAUUAAUGAGGUUCUUGAUCAGGCUAAGAUUGAAUCAGGAAGGCUUGAGCUGGAGGCUGUUCCUUUUGAUCUCCGUGCUGUACUUGAUAAUGUUUCAUCACUCUUCUCAGGAAGAUCUCAUAAAAAAGGGAUUGAGUUGGCUGUUUAUGUUUCUGAUCUAGUCCCAGAAGUUGUUAUCGGAGAUCCAGGACGGUUCCGGCAGAUAAUUACAAAUCUAGUUGGAAACUCAAUUAAGUUCACAAAUGACAAAGGGCACAUAUUUGUCACGGUACAUUUAGCUGAUGAAGUGAGCAACCCUCAUGAUGUGACGGAUGAAGUCUUGAAACAAAGCUUAACCAUUGUUCAAGAAAGGUCAAAUGCAUCUUGGAAUACCUUAAGUGGGUUUCCUGUAGUUGACAGAUGGCAAAGUUGGCAAAAGUUUGAUAGGCUAAGCAGCACAGAGGAAGAAGUGGGAAAGAUCAAGUUGUUAGUGACCAUAGAAGAUACUGGCGUGGGAAUUCCUGUUAAAGCACAAGACCUUAUUUUCACACCUUUUAUGCAGGCUGACAGUUCAACAUCUCGAACAUAUGGUGGAACAGGUAUAGGAUUGAGCAUUAGCAAGCGUUUGGUGGACCUCAUGGGGGGAGAAAUCGGUUUUUUCAGUGAACCUGGCACAGGGAGUACAUUUUCAUUCACUGCUGCCUUUGCAAGAGGAGAAGAAGGUUCAUUAGAACGUAAAUGGCAACAGUACGAUCCAGCUGUUUCAGAGUUUCGUGGUUUAAGAGCAUUGGUAAUUGAUGAUAAAAGCAUUCGAGCAGAGGUCACAAGAUACCAUCUGCAGAGACUGGGAAUAUGCGUCAACAUAACUUCAACGAUGCGUUCGGCAUGCUCAUAUCUCUCUAGUUACUCUAAUACUAGUGCAUUGGGACAUUUAGCUGUGGUUUUUGUUGACAACGAUAGUUGGGAUAAGGAAACUUCUCUUACACUUUGUAAUAUGUUGAAAGAGCUCAGACCAAAUGGCUCAACUACUGCUUUGGGAAAGCAUCCAAAAAUUUGUCUGUUAUGUAUGAGCACUAUGGAGAGAGAUGAGCUCAAAUCAGCUGGAAUUGUGGAUCACGUGUUAGCAAAGCCUGUGCGAUUGAGUGGGUUGAUAACAUGCUUUCAAGAAGCCAUUGGCUACCAAAAUAAGAAGCAAGUAACCCGAGGAAAACCUUCAACUCUUGGAAGUCUGCUGACGGGCAAGCAUAUAUUGGUGGUAGACGAUAAUGCUGUAAACAGAAGAGUGGCAGAAGGUGCUCUAAAGAAGUACGGGGCGAUAGUGACCUGUGUAGACAGUGGAAAGGCUGCUCUAGCACAUCUUAAUCCACCACACAAGUUUGAUGCUUGUUUUAUGGACCUCCAAAUGCCUGAAAUGGGUGGGUAAGUAACUUAAUCUGUCUCUAUUUUUCCUUCUUGC